AUGGCCGACCUUGCAGCAGCAUACAAUUCCAGUGGAUAUGCUCAGUCGGCACAAGAUUGUCUUCCCCCUGAGGUGAAGUCAGUGAGAAUGACAGCAGUGAAGAAGGCGAAGGGAGACUGCAAUCCACAUUUUCGCAUGCCGACUACAUCUGGCACCUACCAACAAAUCCACUACAAAACCACAAAUGCUCACGGCAUCCCUGUACCUGAGCAAGUGACAUACACUUUGCACGUGAUUGAAAUGCUCCCUUCAGUAUGUGCUGGGGACUUGAAGCAUGAGUGGACCAACGACCACAAAAUGAAGAUUUCAUUCAAGCACUCCGAUCUGAUGAGCUUUCCAAUGAUGCUCCUGUCAAUGUUUCGCCACAAUAACACACAUGUAUUUGGCCCAGAUUCUGCAUUGGCCACCUCGAUGGAGCAAGGUGUUGUAGGUAACAGAGGGCCGGAUGGACACGUUUGGGAUGGUGCGACGAUCACUUAUAGCGAGCCUCAAGACCCCGACACCGUCUCUCCCGGAGAUGGACUUACUGGCUUCGACAUUAUCCAAGUUCCACACGUUCGCACUGACGGCAUCGAGGUUGCACUAAACAUGCUCAUUGUGUGCACUAGAACACCAAAGGCAGUGAAACAAGCGGUUGAUGUUGGGUUUACUAAGGCCCAGUUCAAACUUCAAAGCAAUUGGGGAAAGAAUGCUGCAAAUGGAGGCGGUGGUUUCCAAAGUCCUUUCAACUUUGGGAGUCCAAGCUUCUCACCCCAUCAGAACCAUACUUCAAACGGCAAUAAAAACGCCGGCGGUGCAUUUGGAAAUCAAUUUGGUAUGCAACCUUCUUCUGUUCCUUCCAACGGCAACCAACACAACGCCGGUACAUUUGGAAAUCAAUUUGGCAUGCAACCUUGUCCUGUUCCUUCCAGCGGCAAUCAGCACAACCCCGGUACGUUUGGAAACCAAUUCGGCAUGCAACCUUCUCCUGCUCCUUCCAACGGCAGCCAGCACAACCCCGCUGCAUUUGGAAACCAAUUUGGCAUGCAACCUUCUCCUGCUCCUUCCAACGGCAGCCAGCACAACCCCGCUGCAUUUGGAAUGCAACCUCAUCGGAAUCCAUUUGCCGCUCAGUCCAAUCCAAGCAACGGAAUGCAGCCCUCUACUCCAAACCAACCAGCGGCUGUCCCAAGUUAUGGCCAUCCACCAAGCGAAAUCAAGGUAUCCACUGUCGGAUUUUCUGAAUCUGCACCAAGCCAAAUGGGAGCACCAGGAGAUGCAGCAUCAGUUGCAUCGGCGCUAUCAUAUGACAAUAGUGGCCAAAUGUCCCUUGCGAGCUUGACUAGUCAAGUGGAGAAUCUUGAACAAGAGCUUCGGAGGCAAAAAGCUGCGGCCCAUGCGGCGGAACAAGAGAAGCAACAACUGGAAGCGGUGACCGAUUACCAACAGCAGCAACUUCAAACGGCAGAGGCAAUUGUCCAUCGAGCUGAAGCAGAAAAACAUACAGCUGAAGAAUUGCAAAGGGUUGCACUACAGGAGAAGACCUUUGCAGAAAACGCAAGAGAACAGGCUAGCGUGGUUCUACAGAGAGCUGAGGCACAAAGAAAGCUUGGAACUAAUAAACGAAUGCGACCUGAGCUCGAACAUGGAGCUUCAGCAGAAAACGAGGAGGGUGGCAACACACCUAUGACCGACCGUAAGAUCCCCCCUACUGCAUCGCUUCCACAGCCACUUGUCUCUCCUCAAGCCUCCAUUCAAGGUGAAGCAAGCUGA